ACGGAAAUGCCAUGUUACCGCGGAAAGGCAGCAGUAGAGGCUACAAACGGUUAGCUUGUAUGGGGGGAUGAGAAGUGUUUUCUGUUGUUGUCUGUGGAUAAUUCAUUUUCAUCCUUAGUCCGUUUCUCUGUGGUAAGUCUGUGUCUGUUACUUUGUUUGUGAAAAGCUGUGACUUUGGUAAUGCUGUGAUUGUCUUCGUAACUAGCCAGCGUGUCUGGAGGGAGUUCCUCGAAUCUGAGCUGGAUCAGAGCCAACCGAGUGUUUUGUUGUGGAAACAGGAUUGUGGUACUAGAGUUUGUAGAUACUCUACCAUCCGUCUUGCAGAUUAUCAUAAGCCUUGACCAAACAACAGCAGACUAUCGUCACAGGUAGAUUAGAUGCAUGAAAGAAAAGACAGAGAGAACAUCACUUUCACAACAAAACAAGAGACGGUGGUGGUGUGGCCGUGGAUGGAAAAUUAAUCUGUAAUCCCUGCCGUGACCUUUCUAUGCUCGCCUGUGUAACAGACUGACCACGUUGACUCUUCAUGGUUACAUGGGUAGGUUUACUGCUACUUCAGUUGGCUCAGAGACUUUACACUCAAAAUGUACCUGUGCUGGAGAUAGUUGACUCCAUCUGGACUGAUUUGAUCAUUUUAACCCGAAUAACUGCGUUUGUUGUGUCUCACAGAUUGUUUACUUUUUCUUGCAGCUCAUGUAGACAAGAGGACUGUCCACAGAGAUGUCAACAUGCCGCACUGGAAGAGUCCUUAAAGAUCUAAUUGGGUGUCUUGGAUUUUCUACAUGCAUCACCACAGUAUUUUUCUCAGACAACAAACAGUAUGUUUUUGAAAGGAGAGAAAAACCCGAGUGAAGAAAACCUCAAAUGGAAAGUUACCCGUUGAUCGACCAUGUGAAUGGACCAGUUUUGGUACUGAAUUUUUGUACAAUGAACUGCAGUAUGUAGACCAAGACAAGAACCCGUUUUUUUAAGUGUGAAGAAAACCCACCAAGGCACGGAGGUACAUAGACUGUGAAGCUUGGUGGUUUGCAGGACCAGGCCCUGAAGAUGCUUCAGUCCGGUAACUACUCUUUGGUGCUGCUGAUCCAGCUGAUAUUGUUGGCCUAUGACCUCUUUGUCAACUCCUUCAGCGAACUCCUGAGGGCAGCGCCUGUCAUCCAGCUAGUGCUUUUCAUGUAAGUAGCUGAACUACAUGCUUAAACAUUCAGUUGUUUCAUUAGUCUUAUGUUAUAUUAACAGAAAGUAUCUCCAGAAAAAUUAUCUUAUUUUUCUAAAUGUUAAUUUAAGCAAUUUUCAAGCAGAAAAUAUCACAAAAAAUCUGGUUCAUCUCAAUUUUUUUACUAAAUUUUAUUGCCAUAAAAAUAUGUUUACAUGGCAUGUCUUGGACUUAAUUAAAAACUUAUUUCUGCACCCCAAAACUGUUAAAUCAUGGACAAGUUUAUUCUCUUAGGUUGAACGUUGCUUUUAAUGUCUGCAUGAUAUGCAGAAAAAUAAAAACGUUCUGUACCAUAUUUGUUAAAGAAAGAACAAUUCAUAUCCUUUUUACCAAGCCAAGAUUUUUGCCUUUUCGUAUUUUGAUGUGGUAUUAGUAACACAAUUACCAUGUUUUUGAAUGAAGCUUUUGAUUAUGUUGAAUAAACCUGUAACAUCUGUCCACAGCAUUCAGGACAUCGCUAUCUUGUUCAACCUGAUCAUCAUUCUGCUGAUGAUGUUCAACACAUACGUGUUCCAGGUUGGCCUGUUGUCCCUUCUGCUAGAGAGAUUCAGGGCCCUGCUAAUAUUUUCUACUCUGUAUCUGACUCUUAGCAUUUGCUUGCACAGCUGGGUGAUGGUAAGAUUCCUCUUACUGUUAUUGACAGAAUGUUUAAUUAUUUUGCAUAACUUUCAACACUCAUAAACUAACACUUGAUCACUUGCAUGUUUUUUUCUUUUUUGUAGAACCUCAGGUGGCUUGACUCAGGCCGUUUUGUCUGGACAGAUGGUCUUCAAACCCUUUUUGUUUUUCAACGAACAGGUAUCUGGUGGAUUACUUCACAGGUCUAUUUUCUCUCACAGAUUAUGUUUCUGUAGCCUUGAGUGAUCACUGAAUGUCUUUUCUUCUUGACAGUCGCUGUGGGGUAUUACUACUUAUACAAACGCACAGCCGAGUAUAUGGGAGAUCCAAGGCUGUAUGAGGACUCUCUGUGGCUUCGCGAGGCCUUUGCUAGAGCCCGACAGUGAAGAGGGAAUGGUUUUGAGAAAGACUUUUAAGAAACAUCAUCACCAGCUGAAGUAAUAUUGGACUGUUUUGAUAAACAGAUAUAACAAGCAGGGUGCUGGUUUGGCAACUGGUAAAGCUCACUAACAGGUCAAGAGGGUGAGACAGUCUCGUUUGUGCUUGCUGGCUGCUAGUUGUCAGGCCGUGAGCCAGACACGUGGUUUACAUUGGCAAGUUAAGUCACAGCAGUAUUGUAUUAAUCAGGAUUGGCUCUUCUAACCUUUGUGGCCUUUGUAAAUCCAUUUGUGUUGCAGACAUGACCAAACAAUGUCAAAAGCUGAAAUAACUGUUGCAGAUACAGGUGUUUUUUUUUGUUUUGAUGUACCUUUUUGUGCAAAGUGCAGUCAUGGUCUUUUAUAAAUGUCUUAUUUUCAACUGAGAGGGAACCUGCUGUUUGUUUUGCCUCUUGUAAGAUUAGUGUUGUGUUGUUUACAUGACAUUUUUAAAAAGCCAAUUUUCAUAUGGACCCAGUUGUCUUUGAAGGGGGAUCUUUGAAUCAUCCCCUCGCUGUUUUUAUUAAAUAAUCCUUCUCUAA